ACCACGUAGAAUGAAGGAGAACGGGCCAGUUUCCUCUGAUUGUGGCAGAAGGAGCCGUCAGCUUAGCGGGGGCUUCGACUCUCUGCGGGGAUCUGCUUCAGUUUACGAACCGAGAAGAAGCGACGGAUUCUAGGCGACAUUUCAGGCGAUGGAUAACAGCAGCCGGACUGUGGUGGUGACAGGUUUUGGACCAUUUGGAGAACACACCGUCAACGCCAGCUGGGUAGCAGUGCAGGAAAUGAAGAAACUUGGAUUGGGGAAAAAUGUGGACCUGCAUGUACAUGAGGUUCCUGUAGAGUACCAGAAAGUCCAGAGUUUGGUUCCGUCAUUGUGGAAGCAAUUUCAUCCACGGCUCAUCGUCCAUGUGGGAGUCUCAGGGAUGGCCACCACUGUGACGCUGGAGAAGUGUGGCAGAAAUCACGGCUACAAAGGUCUGGACAACAGCAGCUUCUGUCCAGACUCACAGUGUUGCAUUGUGGGAGGCCCAGACUGUAUCAACUCAGUUAUUGACAUGGAGUCUGUCUGCAAGAGAGUGACUGCGACAGCAGGACUGGGAGUAGCUGUGACCGUCUCCAAAGAUGCUGGAAGGUACCUCUGCGACUUCACCUACUACACGUCCCUGUACCUGAGCCGCGGCCGCUCCGCCUUCAUCCACGUGCCUCCUCUGGGAAAGCCUUACAGCGGGGAGGAGCUGGGCCGCGCGCUGCAGGCCAUCAUCAGGGAGAUGCUGGAGCUCCUGGACCAGGCGGAGGACCAGAUCCACUGCCAGCAGCACAUCCACUAAGUGACCUCCCUCCAGCGUCUCCAGCCCGAGCCACACAAAAGUAAUUGCACUUGACCACAAGUAGCCAAAACUUCCUUUUCUUGUUUUUUUUUUUUUUUUUGCUCUUAAUUUACUGAACUUUUGAGAUUUGGCCCUUUUUUUUAUAUCACUAUAUAUGUUUCUGUUUUACCUUCGUCACUUAAUGUCUCCCCGUGGUCAGAAGAUAAAACGAGAGUCGAAAGGCAACAUUUAAGUUUAAAAUCUGAUUUCAGAGAUGCACGAAAGCAAAUCGCUGCUUUUGUUUUAUAUUUGGUCACAAAUGGAGAUACAAAGAGUCUGUGAUGUGACGUUAAAUACGAUCUAAAAGCCCAAAUGUGACUCCUAUUAAUGCACCUUGUAGGGUUAGGGUUACUGUAGGAGUCACAUUUGGGAAUCUGUAGCAUCAGAUGGAGAUUUUUUUUCUUUUUUUUUUUUACAUGUUCAAUUCCUAAAUAUCUAGAAGAUGUCCAUGUACAUAACACAACAUGGUUUAAGUAGAAAUGUUUAGCUGUAAGCUUCGUUCUCCGUCACCUUUUGUGUCCUGAACUCAUCCGUCUUCUUUCCUUUUUGGUGUUGAAUUGUUUCCGAAUCGGUUUUCUUUAUAAGAAGUUGUAAAUUUGCCUUCCUUUACAAAGGUUAUUUAAAUCAGGGAACGGGUUGGUUCCAGCUCAUACUUCCCCAGUUUGUUGGCCCAGUUCUGACAGAAAUAAAUAUUUGCCCCACCGAGAUCUGACCCCGGACUGUGCAAUGAAACUUUACGGAUCUCGUUCACUGGAAACCUUCUGAGAGUCGGGAUUUUAUUACGGCUGCACACCUGUUGACAAAAGGCUCAGAGUUUUAAGGUUCCUGGCAGAAAAUAAAAACAAAUUAUUUCUUUUAAGGUCAGUAAACAAAGAAAAUACUGGAAAAAGUUUUGGUUGAAUUUAAUCUCUUCAUUCGUCUCGUUUUCUGCUCUUUUUCUCAGGUACCUCUGCGACUUCACUUAGUGUUUCAGAUCAGAGAGAAAUCUGAGUCAGUGAUUCAAAUUUAAUUUCUUAAAGAAACAAUCCAGAUAUUUGGAAAUUCAUUUUCAUUUAUAACCAGUUUGGUUUUUCUUUUGUUCCCCUUUUAAAAAACGCAAAAAGUAAAAACAACAUCUUGUUUUUACGAGUUUCUAUUCGUCUGAUAUUCAGUUCAGUUUGAUAUCCUUUAACAUUUAAUUGACAACAACGAAACAAUAUUAAAAAUGUGUAGGGUAUAAAAAUAUUCACCCGUUGGAUGUUUUAUUGCUGCUUUAACAAAUCAGCCAUAAAAAAACAACAUUUGUGUUUUUUCCACUUUGUUCUAGUGAACAUCUUUAUUUAAUUGUCUUUAUUUGAACAAAAUCAGUUUUUCUUUUUGGUUAUUUUUUUGUUGUUGAUAAUGAUUGAUUUAUAAAAGCUUUAAACAGAGUAAAGCAUCCAUAACGGUGAAUAUUUCAGAAUCAAAGUAUUAAAAUCCAGCUGAUGUGAAACUGCAUUCGGGAACUAAACUCCGAUGCUACAUUUCUGUAUAAUUUCAUUCUUUUUUUGUAUUUAAACUCGAGAUGCUUAAAGAUUUUAAUUAAGUGCAUCUUAAACUCUUGAGGAAAAAAUGCCAGCAUUUUGCAGCUUGAAGCCAAAUGUAGAUUUUUCUGUCUUGUUUGUGCAGCUUUUCCUUCCUAAUCCAAACUCUCUGACCUCGGUGAGUCACUUUUAUCAUCGCUUCUUAUUUUAAGUGUCAUGUUGACGUGCUGAAGAGUUUUCGGUCAGAACUGGGCCUUUGACUUUAUUUCUGUUGCACUUUCUUUUUUUGUAAAUUGGUUUAAUCUGUUCUGAAACAGCAUUUGUCAAACAAUGUGAAUGGUUGCAUGUUUUUUUUUAAUUUUCUGUCACUUUAAACCGAAUCAUGUAGCUUUCCACGAUCACUUUAACUUGUUUUUUCUUUCCAACAAUUAUGAGAUUUAAGAUUUGUAUCUCUCAGUGACUUUUACUUAUUCUGUUUUUAUUAUGAUUAUUAUUCCAGAGCUUUGUGUUUUGUUUUGAUUUGUUGCAUAAACAGGCUUCCCUUUUUUCUGUCUUGUUUCUUUUAAUACCAAGGACAGUUUAGAGCUCUUCACUUCUUUUCAGUUUGCCUCAGCAGCUUCUUUUUAAACUUUUAUAGCUAGACUUGUUCAUGUUUUUCUGUUUAACAUUGUUAUACAGCUUGGAUUCAUUGAGGUUUAGUAAAUUAUCCCUAAUUUUAACACUGCCGUUUAUAUGUGGAUCCAGGGAAGAGUUGUGAUGACAUAAUUGGAUCGUGGAGCCACUUAAAUUUCAUCCUUUUAUGUUUAAAAAUCUUUGCAGUGAUUAAACCUUAGAGCACAUUGUCCUGAGUUGUUGUAAAUAUUGGCAGGUUAUUGUGUGGCUUUGUGAGGGUUGUGAAGAAGGCUGUCUGCAGAUUUGCUGCCUCAAGCUAACCUUUGAGGUGACCUCUGACCCUCUCCUGUGCCUUGUUGCUGUUUGUGUCCUGAAAAAGGCCUUACUAAUUCUCCGUGGGUCAGAUCUGAGAACUAUUAUCGAUGCUGUCCGUACAGACGUGUGGCUACCUCACAAAUACUGUUUUGGUUUUAAUCUCAGUGUGUGCUCAGUUGUGCACCUACAUCGUUGCUCUGUGACAUGUUGACGGUUCUCUGAAAGGUUUCUUUGUGUUAUUAUGCACUGUUAUAGUCUUUAAUCUCACUUUGUAAAAUAAAGGCUUUGAAAUAAAGAAAUUAAAUGAUGACAUU